GAAUCCCCACCAAACAAACAUUGGUAUGUUAUGUUAUGUUAUGUGCACUACACACACAUUCUUCUCUUCUCUCCUUUUUCUUGUUUGUCUUUGUCGUAACUUAAGAGAGAGAAAGCAAUCAAGCUUUUCUUCUUUUUCUUCUUCACAUAUAUAUUCCUUUUCAAUCUUCCAUUGCUCAUCAAUUUCUCCUCUUUUUUCUCACAAUAUCAAACACUUCAACUUCCUCUUAUUGAUCCAACCUUUUUCGAAUAACAAUUUUUCUGGGUCUCGUUCUUUAACAAUCGAAAACAAUUUUUUCCGAUAAAAAUUACAUUUUGAAAUUUGGGUCGUGUUUAUUUCAACCAAUACUUCCUCCGUUUUCUCGGUGACCAAACGGAGGAGAAGAAUUGUGAAAACCGAUUUGGAAAAUGCUGGGUACUGCACUGCAGUUUGGGGGUGUUCGUGGUGAUGAUCGGUUUUACAUUCCUGUCAAAGCAAGGAAGAAUCAGAAUCAACGUAAGCAAGCUCAGAAAGCCAAGAAUGGUGAAGAGGAAAUUGUAGAUUCAAUUUCUGAUAAUAAUAAUAAUAAUAAUAACAAUAACCAAUCUUUGUAUUCAACAACAACAGUUCCAUCUGUAGAGUCUGUUAGUAACAUUGAUAGGUUCUUGGAUUCCACAAAGCUAUUGGUUCCAGCUCAGUAUUUCUCUAAGACGACAAUGAGAGGUUGGAAGACUUGUGAUGUCGAGUACCAGUCUUACUUUCCUCUGAAUGAUCUAUGGGAAUCGUUUAAGGAGUGGAGUGCAUAUGGUGCUGGAGUCCCUUUACUACUCGAUCAAAGGGAAUCUGUAGUCCAGUACUAUGUUCCGUAUUUGUCAGCUAUUCAGCUAUAUGGUCAACCUACUGAGAAGUCGAAUGCCAAGCCAAGGUACGCAAGUGAAGAUAGUGAUGGUGAUUACUACAGAGAUUCAUGUAGUGAAGGAAGCAGUGAUUGUGACUAUGGAAAAAGGACCGAAUGUUUUACAGCACAGAGAAGCAGUAAACACUCAACAAGUGGUGUCUCUUCUCAAAUGAGCACACUGUCUAUACAUGACAAACACAAUACAGUACAGGAAGGUUUUUCUAGCAGUGAUGACAGUGAAACUGGGAAUCCUCAAGAACUGCUUUUUCAAUAUUUGGAACAAGGUCAUCCUUAUAGCCGUGAACCGCUGACCGACAAGAUACUAGAUCUUGCACGCGACUAUCCUGCCCUCAUGUCAUUGAGAAGUUGUGAUUUAUUGCCAACCAGUUGGAUGUCUGUUGCAUGGUAUCCUAUAUAUCGAAUACCUACAGGUCCUACUUUAAAAGAUUUAGAUGCCUGCUUUCUAACCUACCAUACACUCCAUACACCCUUGACAGUUGCAGGAAGUGCCCCUACUCCUGGUCCUACACUGGUUUAUCCCAGUGAGAUGGACGGUGUACCAAAUAUUUCCAUACCUACUUUUGCAAUGGCUGCCUAUAAAUUAAAGGGAUCUAUUUGGAUGAAAAAAGAAGUUGGCGACAAUGAAGUAAUGAAUUCACUCUUGCAGGCUGCAGAUAAAUGGUUAAGGCUAGUUCAGGUGACUCACCCGGAUCAUCAGUUCUUUAAAUCACAUGGCACAUACUACAAAUGAAUUUAAUGAUAUGAUGGCAUGCCAGUUCUGUUACCUUGGUUAAAACUAAGCCUUAAUUUCAUUGCCUUGGUGCAAACUUUGAAAAGUCCAUCCAUCUGUAGUGAUUGUGAUGGCAUCAUUGGCAUGGUGUGGACAGCCUAAUUGUCGGUUUUUGUUAUACGCCUAAACAGCACAAUAGAUGAAAGCUGGUCUCAUGCGAUGAAUUCGUUGAGAUUGUCUUAGCGAAAAUGAAAAAGAAAAAAAAGUGUUUUUUUAUAACCGGAACUCCCUACUGAAAAGGGAGAAAAACUAAAUAUGAAUCUAAAGUUAAGUGGGUAUGUAAAACAGAUUAACAGAGAGGAUGUGUGGGUUUAAGCCAGACUGUACAAGUAUUUACAGUUCAAUAAUGGCUAUGAUCCCCUUAAUUCCUGGACAUAAAUAUUUACACAUGUUGUGAUAAUAGAAGAAAAUGGAAGAAAUACUAGAUUUGGCUGUGUGGAAAGGCACAAUUUUGGUACUUUGAUGAUGAACUAGUUGCUCUGAUGAUAGGAUAGAUUGUGUAUGGUAUUUGUACAAUUCAAAUAAAUGUUUCACUCUUAAUGUUGUGUUUUGGAAUGACAAAUGUUUGUAUGGUAGUUAUAUGUUAGUGUUAUGUCGCGGGCAGAGAUAGAACUCUCGACCUCCUUAUCAUUUCACUCUUUAAUUUUAGAAUUCCAACCACCAAGCUAACUUUAUAUC